AUGGAAAAACGGAAAAGCCGGAGGGUGCAAACAGAUAGGAUAGAAAGAACUGACAGAACAGAGAGAACACAAAACAGACUGGACAAAAUGAAGACAAAAAACAGAAACUUCAAAAAGGACAGAAAGGAUAGAGUGUACAGAAAGGACUCAAGGAACAGAAAGAACAGAGCCGAAAGAACGAAUAGAGCAGAAAGUUCUAAAGGGAUAGAAAAUACAGAAAAAACAGAGACAGAAGGGAGAGAACGGGCAAAAAGAAAGAACAGAAGGCACAGAAAGAACAGAAAGCAGAGAAAAGAUGCAGAAAGAAUAAAAAAGAGAGAUUGCACCGAACGUAGAGAAAUGACAGAGCUCAAAGAAUGA